AUGAAUGGUCCAGCAGAUCCCUCAAGCCUAUUCCUCAACUCCUCCCUGGCAACUUCAGAACAAUGUGGCAAAGAGACCCAUAUAGAGAACAUCCUUUUUGCCACUUUUUAUCUCCUGGAUUUCAUCCUGGCUUUUGUUGGCAAUACCCUGGCUCUUUGGCUCUUCAUCCGGGACCAAAAGUCAGGCACUCCAGCCAAUAUUUUCCUGAUGCAUCUUGCUGUGGCUGACCUGUUUUUUGUGCUGGUUCUACCCACCCGGCUGGUAUAUCACUUUUCUGGCAAUCACUGGCCAUUUGGCGAGAUCCCAUGCAGACUCAUUGGCUUCCUUUUUUAUCUCAACAUGUAUGCCAGUAUCUACUUCCUCAUGUGCAUCAGCGUUGACCGCUUCCUAGCCAUCGUGCACCCUGUGAAGUCCAUUAAACUCCGCAGGUCACUCUACGCCCACUCGGCAUGUGCCUUUCUUUGGGUUAUAGUUGCUGUCGCAAUGGCACCUCUGUUGGUCAGUGUGCAGACAGCUGAGAUUAACAACACAACUGUCUGCCUACAGCUCUACAGAGAGAAGGCAUCACGCCAUGCUCUCGUGUCCUUGGCAGUGGCAUUCACCUUUCCAUUUAUUACUACAGUGACCUGCUACUUAUUGAUUAUCCGUAGCCUGAGGAGUGGGAACAGAGUUGAGAAGCACCUGAAGGAAAAAGCCAUCAAGAUGAUCAUAGUUGUCCUAAUGAUCUUUCUGGUCUGCUUCGUACCCUAUCACAUCAAUCGCUACAUUUACAUUCUCCAUUAUGACGGCACCAAGACUUCCUGUGAAACCCAGCGAGUCCUGGCACUCAGUAACCGCAUCACUUCCUGCCUCACCAGCCUGAAUGGCGCCCUUGACCCAGUGAUGUAUUUCUUUGUUGCUGAGAAGUUCCGUGAGGCCUUGUGCAGCUUGUUUUGUGGCAAAAGAGCUGCAAUGAUGCCUCCAAGUUAUGAGGGGAAGACAAAUGAGAGCUCACUAAGUGCUAAAUCUGAACUGUGA